GCACAACCGCAAACAGCCUCCUGUUGGCCCCGCCUCCCACCCAAUGGCUCCGCCCAGUCCCGGAACCAACAGCAGCACCAAUCACAGCAGCAGCAGCAGCAGCACGGCCGGCUGGGAGCAGCUCAGCAAAACAAACCUCUACAUCCGUGGUUUACCACCAACCACCACCGACCAUGACUUGGUCAAGCUCUGCCAGCCAUAUGGAAAAAUCGUAUCAACCAAGGCCAUCUUAGACAAAACCACAAACAAAUGCAAAGGCUAUGGCUUCGUGGACUUUGACAGCCCCGCUGCUGCUCAGAAAGCCGUCAGCGCUCUGAAGACCAGCGGAGUUCAGGCUCAGAUGGCAAAGCAACAAGAGCAGGACCCCACCAACCUGUACAUAUCUAACCUGCCGCUGAGCAUGGAUGAGCAGGAGUUAGAGGCCAUGCUGAAGUCCUUCGGACAGGUCGUCUCCACACGUAUCCUGCGGGACACCAACGGGGCCAGCCGAGGGGUCGGAUUCGCCAGGAUGGAGUCGACAGAGAAAUGCGAAGCCGUCAUCUCUCACUUCAACGGGAAAUUUCUCAAAACACCAGCUGGAGUUAUGGCCCCGUCAGAACCCUUGCUGUGCAAGUUUGCGGACGGAGGCCAGAAGAAGCGUCAGAGUCAAAAUAAAUAUGUGCAGAACGGACGAGCCUGGGCCAGAGACGGAGAGACCAGACUUGCUGGCAUGACACUCACGUACGACCCCACCACAGCUGCUAUGCAAAAUGGAUUCUAUCCGACCGCCUACAGUAUUACAAACCGAAUGAUCACACAGACCCCUAUGUCUCCAUACAUCUCCCCCGUCUCCACGUACCAGGUACAGAAUCCAUCCUGGGUCGCCCAUCAGCCCUACAUCUUGCAGCAUCCGGGAGCAGUGAUAUCGCCCUCUAUAGAUCACUCCAUGUCUCUGCAGCCGGCGUCCAUGAUGGGUCCCCUCACUCAGCAGAUGAGUCACCUCUCUCUGGGCAGCGCAGGAACGUUUAUGCCGGCCAGUCCAGCUCUCCAGGGGCCGUAUAUCCCUCCAUACACUCACAUGCAGACCACCGCCGUCUCGGUUGAGGAGAACAGUCCACAGCCUCAGGUGGAAUCGUCCAAUGAUCAUUCACCUUACACCUAUCAGCAGGCCAAGUGAUGAAGAGGGCCCGUUCGAGAGAGGAGGAGACGACUGCUAAAUCAAUAACAGCUUCCUUCCAAGGACCGGCUCUACCGAUGAAUCGACUUUUUUUGCACAGGUUCUACGACGAGUUCCUCGGUUUUAUAAUAAAACGACUUCGACUAUUUUGGUAUAAGUUCCAUUAGGUGCAAAUCAAGGAUUCAUUUCAUCAGAGGACGCCAACGAAAGAAAACGGGAAGGAAAAAGUUUUAUUUUACUAAGGAAACGACGCUUAUUUUUUACCAAGGAUCGUCGCGUAGAUGCGGGGACUUCAUGGCGCCGCUCGACGUGCGCGGAGAUUCUUCUUAUUUUUAUGAUUUCGGAUUCGUUCUCUCUCUCUCUCUAUUUCUCUUUUUUUCUUUUGUACUGAAACAGACGCUCGUUUUUAGAGAUUUAUCAGCCGGACAUCCCGAGAAAGACUGCGUUUUUGUGCUUGCGGUGUGAGUGUCAUUGACGUGUUUUUGUUUGUGUGCUUCAUCUUCGGCGCGACCGAUCUGUUCGUCUUAUACGAUUUGCCUUAAACUCUUUCCCGUACGGUAGCCGAAAGAAAAGUCGUCCGGCCGCUGCCUUGUAAAAAAUCAGCUGAAUAGGGCUUUUUUUCAGCAACAUUUCCGCCGCGCUUGGAUUCCGGUGUUUUGCUUCUUUAUUUUAUUUUUUCUUUCUCUCUCUCUCUCUCUCUCUCCGAUCUUUUAGAGUGAUGAUAACGCUGAUGGAGUUUUAAUAGGAUUUAACGUUUUUAUAAUCGGAGGCGACGACUAGCCUUCGGUUGUUUGAAUGUGGUAGAAAUUCUGCUGAACGAUCACAUUUUUGAUAAUUGCCUUUUCGUUUAUAAAUCUCGGUGUUGUAGUGUAGCUUUAGGUGAAGGAGGGGGAGGAGUUUUACCUCGAGGGGAGGAGCUUCGGCUCGCAUUCUAAUGAGGGGGCGUGGUCUGUCAGUCCGAUCGAAUAUCGCAACUUUCAGCAGCGGGCUUCUUCGGGAGAGAGGUGAGCGUUUAGCGUUUAGUGCUCGUUUUACUAUAUAGCAGGCAAACAAAUCUCGGCACUUUCGAGUUUACUUCACCAAAGACAGUCGGCGAGCGGAGUUUCUCUCGAGGCGGGCCACGCUGAGACUUUAUAACAGACCGGGUCACAGUUGUGGAGAAUGUGCCUUCUUUGUACAUAUGCAUUCAGCUGUCUUUUAGUUGGCGAGGCGCGGACACCGAUUUGAAGGACGAUUUGGAUCCAGCAAGUGCCACGAACUGAACCAAGACAUCACUACAGAGCGGAGACGACCGAAACUGAAACGCGGGAACGAGGACAGGUUGAAACGACGGCUCCGUUCCCAAACCCUAGUGAGCUGCGCAGCGCCGUACGAAUAGGCCCUUGCCUUGGCUCCUUUGCGGUAAAAUUACGGUAAAUUACAAUGAUCUAUUGGGAUUCGGCGGAAGCGGUGCACUUAAAUCGCGCUGCCUUAAAAUUGAGGGAAAAAAACAACGCAUUUGCAAUUUUAUUUCCUGGGUUCUGGAAUGAUUUAAAAUAAUGAUUUGUGUAAUAAUGCCAAACGCAUUUAAAACCCAACGCUUGCAGGCAUUUCUGAACUAGCGCUGUCGGUUAAGUGCGUCCAAAAUAGGUGGUCGUUUACGUGACGAAUAUACACAGCGCGCGCACGUAUAUCGUGUGUAUGUGAACGCACUGGGAAAAUGUUUACAUGUAUGUAUUUACAUUCAGAUCAUUUAUAUCGUAUAUACAUGUAAGAGUUUUCUCAAAUAUGUACUUACUGUAUGUAUGUAUUUAUAUAUACAUAAUGUAUGUUUGUGCACUGUGUACAUUUGUUAUGAAAACAAAAUCUCAAACAAAAAUUAAUCGUCGCUUGACAGCACUAUUAC